CCGCACCUCACGCAACAUUUAACUUUACCACGUGAUUAUCUCUCUCCACUGUAAAUGGAACAGCCGGUUCGUCGGCUUGAAUUAGACUUCAACUUAUCAAUCAGUUUAAGUACCAGGCAAGCGUUGCCGGCGUCGUUUGUGGAAGCCACUUUUUGAUAAAACUAAACUAGGCAUGGAGCAGCAUCAGGUCGUGCCGGAUGUCAUCCCGACGGCGCCGAAGGAAGUCGCGGAGGUAACUUAUCCGAGCGGCGUGAAAGUCGACCUUGGCAAUGAAUUAACACCGACGCAAGUGAAAGACGUGCCGAAUGUGAAAUGGACUGCGGAUGCAUCCGCCUUCUACACUCUCUGCAUGACUGAUCCCGAUGCACCAAGCCGUAAGGAACCGACUUAUCGCGAAUGGCACCACUGGUUGGUAGGCAACAUUCCCGGCGGGGACAUCUCUAAAGGUGAAACCCUUUCUGCUUAUGUAGGAUCAGGCCCUCCAGAAGGCACUGGACUUCACCGUUAUGUCUUUUUAAUCUACAAACAAUCCGGCAAGUUGACUUUCGAUGAACAACGUCUCACCAACACAUCUGGUGACAAUCGCGGCUGCUUCGCCAUUAAGAAAUUCGCCGAUAAAUACCAAUUAGGUGAUCCAGUUGCUGGUAAUCUUUACCAAGCUCAAUGGGAUGACUACGUCCCGAUUUUAUACAAGCAGCUCGGUGCUUAAGCCUUGCUCAAUUAUUUUUUAUCAUUCUUUUAUAUCUAUCAGUAAUAUUUGAGUCGCAAUAAACACGCAGUGUUAUCGAGA